ACCCCCACCUCUCAACAUGUCUGACCCCAUCGCCGAUGCUGCGCAGAAGCACCCUGCGCCUGAGGGGCUUGUUUACACAUAUGGCACCGCUGGAUUCCGCACCAAAGCCGAUGUCCUCGACUCGGUCCUCACACGCGUUGGUUUCAUCGCUGCCCUCCGAUCGCGAGCUCUGAAGGGCAAAUGGAUCGGUGUUAUGAUCACAGCAUCCCAUAACCCUCCUCAGGAUAAUGGUGUAAAGCUCGUUGAGCCAUUGGGCAACAUGCUGCAGGAGGACUGGGAAGUGAUCAGUACCGAAAUGGCGAACAAGGUUUCCCCCGAACACGUCUCGCAGUACUACCACGAUAUCGCCGCAAAGUUCAAGAUCGACCUGAACACCCCCGCCCGCGUCGUCGUUGCUCGCGACACACGAGCAUCUGGAGCAAGGCUACUCGGCUGCCUGCAGGACGGUCUUGCGGCUGCCGGUGCCGAGGUCAAGGAGUACGGCUUCUUGACCACACCUCAGCUGCACUAUAUGGUCCGUUGCCUGAACACUGAGGGCACAAAGGACGCAUACGGUACAGCCACCGAGCAGGGCUACUACGAGAAGUUCGGCGCUGCCUUCAAGACUGCGUUGCGUGGCAAGAAGCCUUCAGGUUCCCUGACUGUAGACGGCGCCAAUGGCGUCGGUGGACCGAAGCUGAAGGAGCUCAUCAAGUACCUGCCAUCGAAGGAAGAGGGCGGCCUCGAGAUCUCCGUGAUCAACGACAACGUCAUCAAGCCUGAGAGCCUGAACGUCGAUUGCGGUGCAGACUACGUCAAGACCAACCAGCGCGCUCCUCCCUCUUCCAAGGCCGGACCCGGCGACCGCUGCGCAUCCCUCGAUGGUGACGCUGACCGUGUCGUGUACUACUUCAAGGACGAGCAGAACGUUUUCCGUCUUUUGGACGGUGACCGCAUUGCGACCCUCGUCGCUUCCUUCCUCGGAGAUCUUGUGCGCCAGAGCGGGCUCGCAGACUCCAUCAAGAUCGGCGUGGUGCAGACCGCGUAUGCAAACGGAGCCGCCACAAAUUACGUUGAGCAGAACCUGAGGCUCAAGGUCGACUGCACUCCUACCGGUGUCAAGUACCUUCACCACGCCGCGGAGAAGCUCGAUAUUGGAGUCUACUUCGAAGCCAAUGGUCACGGUACUGUCAUCUUCUCACACGACACCCUCGACACAAUCGAGAAGUACGAACCAAGGAACCCUGGCGAGAAGGAGGCCAUCGAAGUCCUGCAGGCUUGCAUCAACCUCAUCAACCAGUCGGUUGGUGAUGCGCUCUCCGACUUCUUGUUGGUCGAAGUCGUCCUUGCGCACAAGCACUGGGGACCCCAGGAGUGGCUCUCCACUUACACCGAUCUUCCUAACCGCCUUCUGAAGGUCCUUGUCAACGACCGCACCAUCUUCAAGACCACAGAUGCUGAGCGUAAGCUUACAAGCCCCGAGGGUGUCCAGGCACAGAUCGACAAGGAAGUGCAGAAGGUCCGCCAGGGUCGUUCGUUCGCCCGCGCCAGUGGUACCGAGGACGCUGUGCGUGUGUACGCUGAGGCUGCGACCAAGGCGGAAGCCGAAGAUCUGGCCAGGAAGGUAUCGGAGAUCGUCAAGGCCGCCGGUGGCGCUUAGAGAGCGAAUCGAAUCAGCUACGACGAGAAGGUGAUUUUGAGAUUAGAUAGAGGACUUCCUUGACAGUGAGUUUCUGGUAUGAAAACAGGGACACCACGUAACAACAGCUUGUGAAUUCAGGGUAAGAGAAACGGACAUGACUGGAUGACUGGAUGAUAGAUAAAAGCUUGGAUAUUGAUAACAUACGGCAUUGGC